AUGAUUUUGACAUGGCUUAUCUGUUCCAUAGUUGUGAAAGAAUAUGUUGAUGGAAGUACACUUCGCGUUGGUAAAAAAUCUGCUACCGUUGGUGGAGCAAGGAAAAAUGGUGCUUACAGUUACGCACCCAAUAUCAAACAAAGAACAUCAUCAAUUGAAGUUCCCCAACAAAUCGAUAGUCGAUCAUUCUCCUGUCAUGAGUCAGAUGUUUUUGAAAGUAAAUUUCCGGAAACCACGUACCCCCUAUCUGUUUUGGACUCCACACAACCUUUUUAUUUCCUGACCGAUGCCCACGAUGGCAUUACGGGCCCAUUUUCGAAAGAUGUUCAAGAUUCUUAUAGAUGCCUUCUCUCAAAGAUUAAUUCAUACCAAAAAACCAGAACACAAAAUAACUUUGACAAAAAUGAGAGUAAAGUUUUGGCAGUGAAUAGUGUCGAUACAAACUCAACACAAACUGAACACAGUUCUUAUGAAUCAUACUAUAUGGAAGAAGAUGUUAUAGAAAUUACUAACAUAACAUCUUAUGACACUGAACUAAAAGAAAGCCUUUCAAGUAAUCCAUUAAAUGUCAACAUUGAAUCGACCAAUGAAACGUUUACAUCUAUAAAAAACGUAACUAAACUCUACGAAAACGUGACAAUCAUUACAGAUGAUACAUUUGAUAAAUUGAGUAAAGAAGUAAAUGACAUUUCAAAUGAGUUGACAGAAUAUGAUACCAUAGGGAGCACGGAGACAGAAGACGAAUUAUUUGUAUCACAAGAGUUAUCAAAAUCUAAAGAAACGGAGGUAGUGGCGCAAACGUUUACAAAAAUUGAAGAACAAAGUAAUGAAGAAUUCCUUAAUGAGAUAACAGAUGAAAAUCAAAAAAUUACAUCGGAAGAUACUCAAUCCUCAAAUAUCACCUAUGUAUCGACAAGUACGGAAGUCUCUUCACAAAAUACAACAUAUUUUAGAUAG